AUGGUUGGAUUGGGAAAAAUCGUUAAUAAAUUUGUUGCUGACGGUGUAUUCUUUGCCGAACUCAAUGAAUUCUUCACUCGUGAGCUGGCCGAAGAAGGUUACUCUGGAGUAGAAGUCCGCGUGACGCCGGCACGUACAGAAAUCAUUAUUCGUGCUACUCAUACUCAAGAUGUUCUUGGUGAGAAGGGACGUAGAAUUCGUGAGCUUACUGCUCUUAUUCAAAAAAGAUUCAAAUUUCCCGAGAAUACUGUUGAAUUGUAUGCCGAAAAAGUACAAAAUCGUGGACUUUGUGCAAUUGCCCAAUGUGAAUCACUUCGUUAUAAAUUAUUAGCAGGUCUUGCUGUUAGAAGGGCAUGCUAUGGUGUUUUACGUUUCAUUAUGGAAUCAGGCGCUAAAGGUUGUGAGGUUGUCGUAUCAGGAAAACUUCGAGCUGCACGUGCUAAAUCCAUGAAGUUUGUCGAUGGAUUCAUGAUUCAUUCCGGUCAACCAAUUCGAGAUUAUGUUGACACCGCUGUUCGACACGUAAUGUUGAGACAAGGAGUGCUGGGUAUUAAAGAAUGGGAUCCAUCUGGUAAAGUUGGACCAAAGAAUCCAUUACCAGAUUUAGUCACCAUCAUGGAACCCAAAGAGGAAACUACGAUCACACAUCCUACAUCCGAGGACUUCCAACGACCACCUGUUGAUAUUCCUACAUCACCAGUUCAAGAUUUCAACGCUCCUCCUCCUUCUUCUGGUCCUCCUGAAGAAUAUGAAAUAGAAAAACGUGUUUUAGGAAAAAUGAAUAAUGACUUUACUUCAGCAUAUUUUCAGUCUAACGGCACUAAUGCUUAUACAACAGUUGAUCCUCAACAGAUCAGUACAGGUUAUGAUGGUCAACAAAACAUUUCUACUUAUUCUUGGGCCAUACCUGAACAACAAACAACGUCUUCAAAUAUUUUAACAUCUACUUCAAUGAACCCUAAUAACCUUUCUUCUCCCGCCAAAAAUGCCUAUCCUACACCUAGUAUGGAAACAAACGCAAAUAAUAAUUUUAUACAAAUACAAAAUACUCCGGUUGUUGGUUCGAAUAUAAGAAACUCUAAAAGUAAACUUGGUGUAGAGAGUACUAUGAAAAAUGUCACCAAUAACACAUCUCAUAUAAACAUAAACAUAAAUGGUAACAAUAGAUCACCCGAAUAUGUUUGUAUCGAUUAUAACACUAGCGAUUGGCUUUAUGAACCAGAAUUAUUACAGUAUAAAACUCGUCUUCAAGGAAAUUUGUCUUAUCUUGCGACAGUGGCUGAUGAAUAUACUGGUAACCCUCGAAAUGAAAUAAAGCCAAAAGUUAUUCCUGAUUUAAACCCAUUGCCUCCACCACGUGGAUCAUAUGGAAAAAAUCUAAACAAUCUUAUUCAAAAAGCUGCACAAGCAUUCUCUAAUCACAAAAAAUUUCACCAUCGUCCAGUAAAUACCACUUUGCCUUUAAAUGCAACCAAUAAUAAUGCUUCCUUUUCCAACCAAACAUUAGAUACAUCGUCAUCUCCUCGUCAAUAUAAAGUAGGUUCAUCAAUGGGAUCAAUGAUGUCAUCUUCGCAAUAUCAACAACAAAUGUAUCAAAAGCAACAAUCAUCAUCAUUACAACCGCCUUCUCAACCACCAUCUACACAAAUGCCACAACAAAUGUCACAACAAAUGCCACAACAAAUAAUGCCACAACAAAUGCCACAACAAAUUCCACAACAAAUGUCACAACAAAUAUCACAACAAAUACCGCAACAAAUACCACAACAAUCUCAACAAAUACAUCAACAAAUGCGUCAACAACAACUAUCACAACAACCGUCACAACAGCCACCACAACAACCGCCACAGCAACAACAACAACAACCACCACAGCAACCACCACAACCACCACAACAACCACCUCAACAACCUCAACAACAACCACCUCAACAACAACCUCAACAACCACAAAAUCCACAUUCUCAACAACAAAAUAUACAUUCUCAACAACAUCAACAACCGUCAUCACAACAAAUUCAUCCUCAACAAUCUGCAGCAACAAAUAGAUAUCAGAAUUCAAUGUUACCAUCAGUCACAAUGGCAUCAUAUCAACAACAUCCAUCCUCUUUACAACAAAAUAUGGUUGCUAAUAAUAUUCCCGAAUAUUCAAUGAAUCCAAUGAAUUCAAUGAUUACAGCAGCAAAUCAAGAACAUUCUUAUCAUCAAGUGUUGCCACCAUUAGUUGGAUUAGGAGGUAUGCCAAUAAGUGGAAUGUUACCAUCAAUAAUUGGUUUAAAUGAUCAAUACGGAUUUAUAGGAGGUGGGAAUAAUGGAAUAUCAGGCGGUGCAGCAGGAUUUGGAAAUGCGUUGGGAUUGUCUGGUAUGAUAAAUAAUGAUAAUAAUAUGUGA